CCGUCCUCGUUAAAAGCGUCCGCGUGUCGCGCUUCGGCCAUCACCCCGAUCUUCCAGCUCCUGCCUUCCAACCGUCACGCGUCUUCGCUUCCUUCUUCCACCCUUUCUCUCGACCCUCGCCGAUUAAAUCUUUCCUCAUCGUUAUUUUUUUGAUCGUAGUUUAUUCUUGUAAAAAAAAAAAAAAAAGAAAGGAAUCGAGCUUGCUGGUUUCUCUCUGGAGAAUCCAAGAUUACUGGUCGGGAAUAUCCAGUCGGAAAUCGAAGCAGCAUGGGGAUUCUCACGUGAGAGGCGUGUUCCGGGGCUAGUGGGUCCACAAAGGAGAAGGAGAAGAAGAAGAAGGAGGAGGAGAGAGAGCGAGAAAAAUCAAGAAGGAAGAAAGGAGCGAGGGGGAGAGGGGGGAAGAGAGGGAGCGACUCACGAACGAAUUAAUAAUGCCGCGCGAGAGGGGCGCGGAGGAGGAACGGCUGAACUUUACUCGCAGGGGAUCCCGCAAUUAUCCCGGAAGAAGAGAGAAGUGAAAGGGUGCAGCGAUGGGGGUGUACGUGAUAGGUUUGGUCGGUGUGAUCGCGUUUUAUGUGGCGGUGUUGGGUGUCGGUAUUUGGGCGGCCGCAGUGAAGAAGAAAAAAUCCCGCCACGGCCAUGACGCUUUGAUACUGGCUAACCGUGGCUUAGGUCCGAUUCUUGGUGUCUUCACUUUGAUCGCCACGUGGGUCGGUGGCGCCUACAUAAACGGGACCGCUGAAUUGAUGUUUACCAAAGGAUUGGCCUGGUGUCAAGUGCCCUUCGGUUACAGCCUCAGUCUACUGUUCGGUGCGGUGUUAUUCGUACGGCCAAUGAGAAAAGCGGAACACGUGACCAUGCUGGAUCCUUUUCAAGAGAGAUACGGUGCCGGUGUUGGGGGGCUCUUGUUCCUCCCUGCCCUCUUCAGCGAUUUGUUCUGGUGUGGCGGGGUGUUGAGAGCUUUGGGAAGCUCGUUGGCAGUGGUUGCUGGCGUAAAUCCGGACAUCAGCAUAGUCGCCUCUGCCCUCUUGGCAGCCGUAUACACCGUGUUCGGUGGACUUUACUCCGUCGCGUGCACCGAUGCGUUGCAGCUGGCAUGCAUCGUGAUCGGGUUGGGAUUGGCUGCGCCAUUUUCCGUUCUCCACCCCGCCGUCAACUUCGAGAAAAAUCUAACGCCGCACGAAUGGCUUGGGGAGAUUAAGAACGAGGAUCUUGGCGAGUGGGUGGAUUGCAUGCUGUUGUUGGUAUUUGGCGGUAUACCUUGGCAGGGCUACUUUCAAAGGAUCCUAAGUAUGCGAAGCACAUCGAUGGCGACCGCUUUGUCAAUAACAUCGAUGUUCGGUUGCAUGAUCCUCGCGUUUCCAUCAGCUCUAAUUGGCGUGGUGGCACGUGCCACCGAUUGGUCAACCGUGCAGGGAUUUAACAAAAGUAUAAUAGCGCACGAAGCGAAUGCAGCAUUACCGAUCGUUCUCCGAUACUUGACACCGCAGUGGGUCUCCUUUGUCGGUCUGGGCGCUAUUUCCGCGGCAGUAAUGUCUUCGGCGGAUUCAAGUAUAUUGGCCAGCAGUUCCAUGUUCUCCAGAAAUGUCUACAGACUGACACUAAGGCCGAAGGCAUCCGAAAGGGAACUGAAUUGGAUACUCCGAAUAUCCGUGCUUGUGAUCACAGCCUUGUCGACUGUAAUAGCGCUCACGGUGGACAGUGUUUAUUAUCUGUCGUAUUUGGNUUCUGAUCUUGUUUACGUGGUGCUCUUCCCUCAAUUGUUAACUGUUGUCCAUUGGCCCUCUUUGGUUGACACGUAUGGAUGUCUGGCUGGUUACUUCGUGGCUGUUGUUUUACGUCUUUGCGGCGGAGAAAAAGGAUUGGGUGUGCCGGCACUGAUCGAAUACCCAUUUUAUGACGUAGAAACGCAAUCACAAAAAUUCCCAUUCCGCACUGGGGCCAUGCUAGUGGCUCUGUGCACCCAACUCGUGACGAGUUUCUUCACGAGAAAUCUUCUAGGGAAAGGUUACUUUCCUCGAUGUUGCGACGUUCUUAGCGUCUAUUCACCCGGGAAAUCGAAGGACCAAUCGGGAGUUGUACAGAGCAGCUCGGGCGCAGCUCUCAUGGACACUUCUUCCGUCAAUAAAUCUACCUCAGGAAUAGAUUCUUGCGAUGGGAUCGGGCCUGGAAGCUACGACGACGACCGCACCACAACUAACUCCGUCGAAGAUGUGACCGAUCAAAGGGACAACGGGACCAUAACCGGCGACCUAUACGAGAAAGAAACCCCGAAAAAGCAUAUAAACAGCAUUGGAACGGCAGCCCAAAAGGCGAACCAAAGCCUGCAACACCUUCAAACAUUGAGAAAUUCCAUUCACGCGAGCUCGAUCAGCGGCAGACACACCCCGACCCCCAAUCAAUAUGCCCCUAUACAAAGCAACGAGGUCUCGAGAGGUCAAAUAUUAGGCGUACGAAAUCUAAGAGGUUCGAUGGGCCAGAUGUUGUUGCCAGCGGAUCGUCCACCAAUCAUAGCCCCGUGCAACAACCCGGCCAUGGUCAAUGUUCCAGCCAAUUCGACUAUGACCACUCCUAUCACGCCGGAUGCUCAUUACGCUAAAAUCGAGGAUCCUGUAUCCUUGGUGAAUGACAAAACAAGGGAAAACGAGAGGCACAGUGUCGUGGACAGGGGGACCACGGAAUUUCAAACUGUCCCGGACAACAUGUUAACCACGAUUAACGUUAAGAAAAAUGUGAAAGGCGUGAAACUGGUUGGUAUGGAAGGUGGCACAUUGAGGAGGCCAUCGUUGCAGGGCACGUUCUCACCGACACCGUCGGUCGAACUUGUCCACAUAUUGGACAGAAGGCAGAGCAGCGGUUCUUACGGGCCUGGCUCCCUUUCCCCCGUUCCUAUGGGAGUGGAGGCGUGCAAAACCCAUGGAACGGCGUUGGAGGGACAGGGUGGGAAUGAACAUUGCAGGAUUAAAAGGGGCAUCGUCAGGCAUCACAGUUUGCGCAGCUUCAACGAUACGGGAGACCGUGCACUGACCACACUUGCCAGGCAACCGACCUAUCCAUCCAUGCCACUGCGUUCCGAGGAUUGCCGCAUGACACUGGUUAAGAAGGACAGAAGAACGUCGACGAUCGCACGACACGGUUCCAUGACGAACGAGAAAGAGUUGAGCGGUUGUAUGACCGGGCUCGUAGUGUGCAGCCCCACUUACAACAUGUAUAGCUCGGCUGUGAAAAAUUCCAAUUACUUUGUGACCGACGACGAGGCGGUCAGCAGGUUUUAGAAAGUUGUAAGCAAAGGAAGGACCAAGGAAAGACGAGAGGACAAUCGAAUUAUCGCCCCCAAAAAUCGAGUCGCGAGAAAGAUAUGCCCGAUCGUGUCUUUUUUUAUCUAUACGAUCCUAUAUAUUUUUCUCCAAUGGUCGUACAACUUUACCACUGCCCAACUUUUACGACUUUUCUUAUUUACUAGGGAGUUUAUUAUCUAAGUUUUUUUUUACUAAUUCAUAAUUUUUUUAAGAUUGUACGCAAAUUUAUUCGCAAGGAAUUUGAAUUUUUACGUCGUUCCGUUUGCGGUAUUGCGAAGACAAGUUGACCCGAUGAGAAUCUGUGUAAAAUUAGUGACGAGAAGAGAAAAUUGGAAAUAACGAAGAUUUGAAGAGUUUAAUUGUUGUGUUACGUCGUGAUACGAUAUCUAUAACCGAGCCACUUGAUUUGUUAAAGAUUCGAAGAGAUUUGGAAACGCAAUUUAACGACGAUCUUUCGUGUACAUAACCUCAAAUAUUGUUGGGGUUACGUCGUUUUAAUUACGAAUUAUUUGAAAACCGCAAACGGUCCGUCCAUAACUUUCGUUUUCGCUUCUUUCGAAAGAAUCAUUUGUUUUCGGCCAAAUUGACGAUGGAAUUAUAUCCUUAAAGCUCAUCUUUAGAGAAAUUAAGAUAACGAUAAGGUUUUACAUAGAUAGCGAACGGUCAGAAAACGAUCGUAGAUAUUAGAUAUAAACGAGACAAGUUUCGGUCGGAGCGACUAAUAUUUCACUCGUGGAGCCGAAAAGUCAUUACAUUUUAUCAGAUUUAUUGGAUGAAUCGUGGAAACAGCCGAAUUUUUCGAUCUCGUAUUUACACGUGAACAUCCCAUUGAAAAAUUGCGAGCUUUUUCAACUCAUCUUUAUUCACCUGUUUCAAGGUUGUUCCACUUUCAUCCAAUAAAUUUUCUUACUCUUCGUAUUUUAAUGUGGAAAUUUCCGAGGAAGAAAAAAAUCAAUCGAAAGAUUCAUACCGCGAUUCACUUGUUGCCAUUUCUUUCUCUACCAAAAGUAAAGGACUACAAUUGAAAUUUUGGAAAUAUCUUGCGCGAUUCAUGAUAUUUUUCUCGACUUGAAAUCAAGUAUCUAAAAAAAUGAAUUUCACAAAUGUGAUCGAUAAUUUUAAUUCCGAUAAUUAAAUAUUAACACACAAAUUAGCGUUGGAUGAAACGAGAGAAAGAGAGACAGAAAUUAAGAACGUACAUUUUUCCCGAAAAAAAAUUCUAGUCAUUAUAGUGAUUUUCUAGUGAUUUUCUAGUCCGUUGAAUUCCCUUUCUCAGACUGAUUCUAUCCAGAGGACCGAAAUAACCGAUAAACGGUUUUUCAGAAAGUAACUAAUUUUUCUUUUUGUACAAAAGAAAAUCCAAGAGCGAACAAGUGAUCAUCUCUUUUGCGUGAUUGUGUAGAUAGAGCGAUUGAUAUUAAAUCAAGGAUCUUCGAUCAGUUCGCGUGUAUGAAAGCGGGGGGAAAAGAGAAGAGAAAAGAAAAAAGAAAAAAAAAAGAGGGAAAUCUUUGAAAAACACAAUUAUGUAUUUAGAUAAUUAUGUACGAGAUACGUAGCUUUAGUCGAGUUUUAGCUGUGACACAGUGAGAGAAUUGGUGUAACGCCGCUCCGCCAUUUCUAAUGUCCAGAAAAAGUAAAGGAGCGAGAAGUGAGGGAUAGUUGAAGAAAAAUAGAAGCAGCAGCAUGAGCUUCGCUACUCGAAGCCAUUCUUCAAUUUCGUUUCCAGCACGAAGAAAAAUUUCAAAAUUGAACAGAACUCGGAAUACAUUUUUAUUUUUUAUUUUUUAUUUUUUUUAUAAACAUCUUUCUCUCACUUGAAUCUCUAUAAUUUCAAAACUAUAAGGAUUUUUUGUAAAUUUAUAUUCUCUCGGAUUGUGUGAUGUUUUUCAUUCUUGAAUUUGCUUAAUCAUUUGUUAAAAAUUCAUUGUUACGUUCUCGGGAAAAGAAAAGGAGAAGGGACAAGUGUUAUUUUCCUUCGAGCCGGAAACGAGUCAGGUAGGUGGAAGAGAAAAGGGAUGUGAAGAGUUUCGUCGCUCAACCUACUUUUUCGUACUCGUGAGGGAAGAUUAAGCUGCUGGAUAUAGAACGUCCAAUGUAUUACGUGCGUAAAUUUAUGAUAUUCCGAUUGAUGAAGAAUAACGAUAUUUUUCCACCGAUUAUACAUCUAGUCUUGUAGGAUUAAUAAACCGUAAACUGUAGCUGUACGAUGUACACACACGUGCGCGCAUGCGCGCGCAUACAUACACACACACAUAUACAUGGAGGUUUCUCUCACGUGUCAACCGAUGUAACGAUAGCGAGAAAACUUACUGUUAUAUACGAAACCUCCAUUGGCUCAAUACCAUAUGUGGCAAAAAAAAAAAAAAGAAAAAAAAAAUUUUUUCGUAGAGUAAACCCAUUCGAUCUUUCGCACGGAAUCGUGUGAUAUUAUUAUCAUUGGUAUUUUUCUUAAAAAGAAAAAAAAAAA